AUGAUUGAUCAUUCAUCAACCAAUAAUACAACCAACAAAAAUAAUAAUAAUAAUAAUAAUAAUAAUAAUAAUAAUAAUAAUAAUAAUAAUAAUAAUAAUAAUAUUAGAAUACAUAAUGAAUUAAAAGAUGGUAAAUUAUUAAAUGAAAAAGGUGAAUUAAAUGAAUGUGGAAUUUCAACUAAAGUUAUUAAAGAAUAUGAUAGAAAUUCAAUUAAAGUUAAAAAUUAUAGAAUUAAAGAAUGGGAUUAUUAUUUUAUUACAAAUUCUAGGAUUGGUAUUGCAUUAACAUUUGGUGAUAUUGGAUAUAUUGGGAGUGCAGGUGUAACAUUAUUCAAUUUUGAUGAGCCAUCUUACAAGACCCAAUCAGAUUUAACCCUAUGUCCAUUUGGUAAAUUUAAUUUCCCAAAUUAUCCACAUACAAUCCAAAAAUUAGAAUAUAAUUCUUCAAAAAUUAAAUUAUCAUUUGAAAAUAUUAAUAAUAAUGAAAAUGAAAAUGAAAAUGAAAAUGAAAAUGAAAAUGAAAAUGAAAAUGAAAAUGGAAUUAUAAAACAUUUAAAAUGUAAUUCAAAAAAUUUUGAUGGUAAAGGUAAUGAAUUAAUUAUUGAUAUAAAAUUAACAAAUUUACCAAAACAUUCAAUGGUAAUUGCAACACCCUUUGAUAAUUAUCCAAAUUCAUUCUAUUAUAAUUGUAAAACUAAUAAUAUGGUAGCUCAAGGUACAAUUAAAUUAAAUGAUAAAACUCAUUUAUUUAAUCCUGAAAAUUCUUUAGCUGUAUUAAAUUGGGGUAGAGGAGUUUGGCCAAUGCUUGAAUUAAUAACAUGGUAUUGGGGUAGUUUAUCUUGUAGAUUAGAUGAUAAUGAUAAUAAUAAUGAUAAUUAUUUUAAUAAUAAAACAUUUGGAUUUAAUAUUGGAUAUGGAUUUGGUAAUACAUCAGCAGCAACUGAAAAUAUGAUAUUUUUAGAUGGAAUAGCUCAUAAAUUUGAUGAAAUUAAAUUUGAAAUACCAAAAAAGUUAGAAACCGAUCAAGAAGAUUAUAUGAGUGAUUGGAAAUUUACAUCGAAUGAUAAAAGAUUAGAAAUGACUUUUAAACCAAUUAUAAAUCGUUAUGAAAAUACAAAUCUACUCUUAAUUAAGACUACUACCAAUCAAGUAUUUGGUAAUUUCAGUGGAACUGCAAUCUUAGAUGAUGGUACUUUAAUUAAUUUUAAAAAUAAAUUAGGUUUUGCUGAAAAAGUUUGUAAUAAAUGGUAA